GCUUCUUCCGCCCGCUUCUUCCGCGCCUUGCAUGCCAGCCCUCCAGCUGCCCCAGAGCCGCGGCUGUUCACAGAGCACGACUGCAGUUGCCCAAGACCCCCGGAUUGCAGCUGAACCGUCUGUUUCAUUGUCAAGCCAUCAUGAGCUGUCAGAAGCCGAAAUUCCGGAAGAUGCAUAAGGGGAAGAAUAUGAAAAUCGAGGACUUCUUUUCCCAGGUGCCCAGAGAACAGCAGAAUGAUACCCACAGUUCUCAAAAGAAGGUACAAUCUAGAAAACGGCUAAGGGAUAUAACUAGUACCCAGGGUCAAGAAUACCAUCUUCCUAAGAAAAUUGCAGAAGAUAAGACCACACACCCAAAGAAGAUUUACAUUACCUUCGGGAAAAAUGACAACAUGACAUAUGAGCUUGCACACAGUGAGAGAGCCAGCUUAUACGAGGCACUCAACACUCUUAAAGCUGUCAAAGAAAAUGUAAAAUCUCACCAAAAUAAACAAAUGCUGGUGAAGGGCAUAAAAGGAAUCAUGGGGUACCUGAACCUCGCAAUGCCCUUCAGUUGUAUUCCUAACGAGAGCACGGUGGACAUCACUUUUUCCAAACAUGCAAGUGAGCAGAAGGAAGAUAAUCCAAUAUUUGGCCAACAAGACAGACCAUACACUGACUGUGUCAAAUUUUAUGUUUAUGCAAUUGGGCAGACAAUAAAAAGGAUUGUUAAAUGUAAGGAGCUUCACAAAGAAGGAAACAAACUCUGUGUCUUUGGUUUCAAAGGUGAAAAAAUCAAGGAGGCUGUGUGCAAGGACCACAGAUUUCUUCCUUUUCUGGAGAAUGGCCAUUGGCAACUCAUCAGCAACAAGGAUUCCAUUAUAGAAAACACCCAGGUAGUCGACGACAUGGAGGGAAAGGUCGUUCACAUCUCAGCUAAGAGGAGAAGCAGCCUUAAGAAGGCCACACAGAAUGCAGAGUUAGAGAAAAGCAGGUUCCCUGUGUUGAAAGAAUAUAUUGUGGAAGAGUAUCCCUGCUUGAAAAGAGAAAGGGAAAACUUCAGAGAAAACCUCAAGAAAGAAAUGAAAGCAACAGGAAAAGAACGAACAACAUUAGUUCGUUUGCAUAGAACAAACUUUGGGAAACAGACCAAAAAUUCUACUCCUGUUAAAACAAUCAAGCACCUUUCACGUGUCAGUGACUCAGUUGGAUUCUUACACUGGGACAAUAAUGGCAACAUGGGUACUGCUACCUGCUUUGUGUUCACAGGGCCCUACAUUUUCACUUGUCGCCACGUGGUAGAUCUGAUCGUGGGGAGAGGAGUGGAGCUCAGUAAAUGGGCAGACAUAAUCAGCCACUGUGCUCGGGUGACAUUCAGUUAUGAGGAGUUUGAAUCAAAAGACCAAAACUCCUUCUCCAUCGAGUCUUGGUUUGAGAUAUCUGAUGUAGAUCUCGACUAUGCAGUCCUGAAACUCAAGGAAAAUGGACAGGAAGUUCCUGUAGGACUCUACAAUCGGAUCACCCCUGCACCAGCUAAUGGGUUGGUGUAUAUUAUUGGGCAUCCUGCAGGAGAAAGGAAGUCCACUGAUGCAUGUGUCAUGAUUCCUCAGAGUGAGAGAAAAGAGACGUGUGAAAGAAAUGUGAGAGAAUUAGUGCCCGAGCCUCAGUUUGCCCACAUGUACACUCAAAACAGUUUCAGGGAAAUUCUUCACAACCCUAAUGUUGUUACCUAUGACACCACUUUUUAUUGGGGUUCUUCUGGCUCACCAGUGUUUGACUCCCAUGGCUCCUUGGUGGCCAUGCAUACUGCUGGCUGCACUGAAAAGUAUGGAGAAGGGACUUUUCAUAUCAUUGAGUUUGGCUCUGCUAUGCAAGCCAUCCUCUCUGAUAUUAAGCAGAAGUAUUUGGUGUGGUACGAACAGGAGUGUGUAAAUCAACAGGAUGUAGAAAUGCCGAGUCUGGAGUAAUGAGGCUUGGUGUGCACUUGCCUUGUGCAGUUGCCUUCCACAGCAAUGAUGCUGGUUUUCUAACUUCCAAAGUGGUCAAUUGUAGAAACAUUAAAGCAGUCGAUAUUGGAGACCAGCAAUUUUUAUAAACCCAUAAAGAAAUGAGUCCCAUUGUAAAAUGAAGCUUAAGUGUCAAUUGCUUGCUAAGGUCCUUGUCCUCUUUUCUGGACUGUCAAAGGACAACAGCUCACCAAACAAAACUCACCUAGCUUAGUCUCCUGGGCUGUGUUGGCAUGAAGUGUUUGACCCCUGGCAAGGCCGAGUCAGUUCCCCAUCUCUGCCUGAAGCAAGUGUAAAAAGACAGCCCCAAAUCCCUUCUGCAUCCCUCACAAAUAAGUAAUCACAGUCCUGGAAUUGAGAAUCAGGCAGAAUAAAAGAAAUAAAGAUGGUAGGAAGGAGAGAAGGAAGAUUAUAAUUUGUAGAUGGUACUUUUAAGUUUCUUCAGGACACAGUUACCGAAAGUUAUCCACAUCUCCACACGCUGGGAGCUGUCAAAGUUUUCAUAGAUUGCUGUUAGGGAAUAUGUUUAAUCUUUAAAAAUACAUAGGUAGUAUACUGGACACUGUGCCUUUCUCCUUUAAAAUAAGGCACUGUCUUCCCUGUGGGCAAUUCAUCACUUUUUGCCUGCAAACCAUAUCUAUAUAGAUUCUCAAAUUCCACUGCAAAAACAUAAACAUUCCCCGUUGUAGACCGUAAUGCACCUCCUUUUUUAGGCUUCACACUCUAAUUCUUUGAGUGGGUGCUUUAAAAUGCUGCCUCAUAAUACCUUUAUACAUCUUUAAAAAAAAUAUUAGAUCAGGUGAACAAGAAGCAAACCCUCCCUGUGGCUGAGCACCUUGUGCAUUCAGCUGGGGGAGAGAAGCAGAUCCUUCUCCCUGCCAUGAGUCAGUGCCUUUCAUGGAUGGCAGCGGAGGAGAACAAGUAGCCAAUGAGAAGUAAACCCUCUCUAUGAGUUGGCUCCAUGCACGGGCUACUGGGGGAACAACCAGACACCAGCUUCUUCUGGGGCACAGGUUGGGAGACAAGAAGAGCCAGCCUCAUAAGCAAGCAGCUGAUGUGGAGAAACACAAGCUGUGAUGAUAGCUAUUGAGGUAAAAUACAGCUUAAUGCUUGUAGUGUUGAGGGUUUUGCUUACUUUGUAAGCCUAAAGCUAUUAGUCUCCUCAUCUACUGAGAGGAGAAAAUACACAGUGUAGCAUCUAUGGGAGUCUCUUUCUGAAGGUGGUAGCCAAGUUAAUUCCCUAUGGUCUUAUUUUGAAGUCUUGUAUCAUUUUCAUUGUUUUCUUGGGUUGAGGGUUACUCUGUUUUGUCAUGUUUGGUUAUAUUAACACCAAUGGGUGGGCAGUUAUUUCAAAGAUACUAGUAAGUCCAAAAUGGCAACCAUACCAUACAAAGAUAACAAGAUAUGCUAUGGUUGCCAUUUUGGACUUACUAGUAUCUUGAUUUGAAGUCCUUUAUAAUGUUCAUUGUUUUGUUUUUAUUGUUUCUGUUCUGUUUGCUUUGAUUUUUACUAUGCCUGAAGUUAAAGACAGCUAUUUUGAAGACAAGAAGAGGGAUUAUAAUUACCAUUCUUGAUUUUCUAUUAUCUUGUUUUGAGGUUUUGUGUCACACUGUUAUUUUCACUGGCAAAAAAAAAAAACCAAACAAACAUAAAAUUAAUUCUAACACUUCUAUGAAGAAAGUUAUUGUCCCUCUUAAAAUAAUCAAUAUGAGGUGUGAUAAGAUGAAUGAUAAGUUAUAUGGUAAACAUCACGUAACUUAAUUUUUUCAUCUUCAGUUUCUUCUCCUAAAUUUACUUACUUCAGAAGAACUACUGAAAUUUGCUAAUCUAAUUAUCCCUAAUAUCUAGGUGUUUACAAAAAUGUUUGGGUCCACCAGAAGUAGAACUUGCCUCCUGAGGAACCAAAUCUUUGUUAGGAGGAGAUCACUAUCAAAAUCCUGAUUUCCAAAAUCUUCCAUUUACUAAAAUGGUCAGAAUACAGGUAUCCUAAAGUCACGGGUCACAACUGCUCUUCUUUGCUUAUAGUCCAUGAGCGGAAGGAAGAUGUCUUUAAAGACCUGUGCUGCUUUCUUCAGAUUUCCUUUGUUUCUCCCCGAUUUCCUUUUUUCUGUUCCAAGACCCCACCCAGCAUUCCCAUGAAGUGUCAUUGUCCACUCUCCUUAAGAUCCUGGCUCUGACAGUUCCUCAGCUGUCUGUGUUCGAUGACCUUGGUAUCUGGGAAGAGCACAGUUUUGUAGGAUGCCCCAUUUCCUGGGUUUUGUCGAAGGAUUUGCUGAUGAUUACACACCAGUGGGCUCUGGUGUUCAAGAUCUUGGGAUAAAAUACCAUUUUGGACAUAAUGGAUCAAAGCCCAGACUGUAAUAUGAUUCAUGACCAUUAGUGUCAGCCUUGAUCUACUGGGGUUGCAGUGUUUGUCCAAUGUGAGCCAGAGUCUCCCUGGUCUUCCCCAGCCUGCAUGUGUGACCUGGUGUGUGGCCCUCCAGACAUCCUCCACCCACCACGACCCUCCCACCCCUCCAGCCCUCUGUGGAGCAUCAGCCCACAUUCUAACACUGGGCUGCAGCACUGGGGUCAAGAUGUUUAAGCAAUAAAAUGUUCAUUUCCAUCUGUUUUUCCUAUUCAUUGAAGGUGUGCUCUCCAUAUUAAUCAGUUUAAGCAGAGCACAGAGACAUUUGUGUAUGUACUUCUAUAUAUACAUGUAGCUAUAAAUACUUAUAGAGAUAACCCUCUCUUUCUGCAAUAAAUGAAGGAGUCCUCGCUGACGCUCCCAAUGCUGAUCAGUAACCACACAGAUCAAUUAGGUUCUGCCCUCUGCUCCUCUGUAACUGCACUCCAGGUGUGAGAAGCCUGGCUGCUACAUCCCUCAGUCAAUUUUUUUGGUUAUUUAGAACAUGCAUAUCAGUCAGGAAUUUGUUAAGUGUACCCACAUGGCAAAUAACUUUUUAAUGUUUUUUUCUUUUUGAGUCUGACAGGCUCUAACUAUGCAGUUCAGGGAGACCUUGAACUCUCUUGGUAGGCCAGCCUGGCCUAGAAACUACAGGGAUACUCCUUCCCCAGCCUCACUAGUGCAGGGGUUGUACACAUGUACUAUCACAGCCGGAAAGAUAACUUUUUUCAGUCAACUGCAAUACCAUGCUUGUGUGCAAUUUCUUUUGGUCUUUACUCCUAUGCACUCCAUUUCUCCCAAAAGUUACUUGGUUCAGGACAUUUUCCCUCAACCGCUUUAGAAAAAAAUGUUUCAUCGAUUUAACACAAUUAUACAUGUAACAUUUGGAUUUUUUCUCACAUCCUACAUUCAUUCAUUCAUUUAUUCAUUCAUUUAUUCUUCCCUAAUACUCCUCUUAAAUAAAGUCUUAAAUUUGUGUACAACAGAUCCAUUCUAUAGCUUGUAAAAGCCUAUGGGCUUUAGCCAGUGGAUAACAUACACAUAUCGUUAUAGUAUCAUACAGAGUAGUUUCUCCACCCUAAAAUAUCUAUUCCAUCCGCUUCUCUCUUACUCUUCUCUGAAAUGCCCCACAGAAGCUGAUCUUUUUACUACUUUUAUACCUUUGUACCUUUAGCUUUAUAAGAAUGUCAUGUAACUGUAGUCAAAUAAUGACAUGGCUUGUAUCUCGAUGGCCCCAGCAAAACGUCAUGAACUCCUAAGUUGGGUUUUCGGCUGAUGGCCAGAUUAUGGGUGUAUAAUCCUGGGGUUAAAGGUGUGUAGCACUGAAUUUAUCCAGUAGUUGGGUUAUAAUGGUUCUGGGUUGAUUGAAUGGAUUUAUUGAAGAAAGAUGGUCCCCCUUGGGUGUGGGUACUCUAACCAGUAGGUUUGUAUCCUGGAUUCAAUAAAAGGGAAAAAGUAAGCUCAUGGCUGCUGCUUUCUUCCUGCCCUGCAUUGGACUAUUUCUCCUCUGCUGUGCCCCACUACCAUGCUACCCUGCCUUGGAGCCAGUCAACUAUGUGUUGAAGCGUAAACUACUUCUCUUAACUUUGGGUGUCUGGUAUAUGGUGUCAGCCAAGAGAAAAAUAGCUAAGACCUAUAAUAUGUAAUCUCCUCAGACAGGCUAAUAUACAAUUCAUAUUUUUUGGAUAUUUUUGUGGCUUGACAGUUCAUUUGUUUCCUACGCUGAAUAAUAACCCAUUGCACAGACUCACACAGUUUGUGUGUUCUGCCACAUGUUGAAUGAGCUCUUUGUUGCUUCUAAUUUUUUGUGAUUAAGAAUAAAAUUGUUACAAGAA